CAGGAGGUGGCAGGAGUUUAGUUUCGACUGUCCUGUCAGGUGAAAAGCACACGGAGAGCUCCUGCUGAACGGAGGCGUCAUGGAGGAGACGGGCGGUGCGACUGCAUACGGGGUUUCUUUAGCAGGUGGAGGCUUCGACUUCAACAAGUUUAUCCGACAACCGCAAACUAUAGUGCGGAUACUGAGCUGGAUAUUUGCCCUGGUGGUGUUUGCCUGCAUCACAACAGAGGGAUACAUCAACUCUCCCCACAGUGCCGAGGUGAAAUGCAUAUUCAACAACAAUGACUCGGCAUGUCAUUACGCUAUUGGCAUCGGGGUGAUUGCCUUCCUGGCAUGCGUGGCCUUCCUGAUGUUGGACGUUUACGUGCCUUUUAUGAGCAACGCACAAGAAAGGAAGUAUGCUGUCAUGGCAGACCUGGGAUUCUCAGGGGUGUGGAGCUUCCUGUGGUUUGUGUGUUUCUGCUUGUUGGCCAGUCAGUGGACUAAAACCGUCGACGUCAGCGGUAUCCCAGAGGACGCUGCGCGUGCCACUGUGGCCUUCUCUUUCUUCUCAAUCGCAACCUGGGGAAUCCUGACCUACUUUGCACUGGGCCGUUUCCGCCGUGGGGUUAAUGACGUUCCCAUCCCAACCUACACGGAUCCGCCACCAGAUCACCACACCCCCUACCCUCCAACCUACGCCCCCACCUCCUACAACCCCACUACCUACACCCCAACCACUUACACAGCCUAUGCCAGCAGUGGGCCUGAUGUGCAGCCUCCCUACACCCCGAACCCCCAGCUGCAAGGAGACGCCGGCUACCAGCCGCCCAGCUACUGAGACAAAGGGACACAUGAGGUGACGAGGUGGUGUUCAGGUCAUCUGUUGGUGCACUGAUUGUAGUUGCACUGCACAGACCCAGAACUGUAUCAUAUUGAUGUGGUUUUUACAACACAUUUUUUUUCCAAGUGUUGUCCAAUUUGAGAGCCUAGGCAGUGCAACUGCAAGCCAGAGCUGAGGGACACUGCUGUUUACAUCAAAGCAUCUGUGGUCAGAUCUUAAGACGUCAGGCUGAUGGUUGAGAUUAGCGCUGAUGAUUAGAUAAUCUGACCAUAGACUUGUGUGCAAAGACGCAACUUUUUUUUUUUUUUUUUACCUCAAAUGGGUGGAUCCUUAAGGGGAGAGGUAGACAGAAUGUACCCUGAGGGUCAAAGGCCAUAUAAAGAAUACCAGUGACGUCUCUGAUGAGAGUGAAAGCAGCCAACACUCAGCGUGUUCCUCUUUAAUCUCUGUUGGAACCCGAGACUGUGCAUUUGUACAUAGAUUUCACAAUACAAACCUGCCAUUUCAAUGGUUGUAUGUGCCUGAUUUUCUUUCUAGUUUAGUUUAAAGGUGCUGUUUGUAAUCUGAAGAUAGUUGAUUAUGGAGUCUUCACCGCCAGGUCGUCAAAUACUGACACUUGGGGUUGGACCGAACCACCAACCCAAAGCAUCAGUCAGGGUUUUCCACACAUUUAUUUGUGGCUGCCUGCCAUGAUUAAACAUCUGACAGCACAAACAGAUAUCCUAUUUUUGGAGCUGGAGCGCUCAUUAGGAGAGCUGUUGGAAUAUUUAUUGUAUUGUUAUUCAUUACAUCACACACUCAGAGCACAAAGCGUACUCUGGGCACAGACGGAGCAGUAGAACGUCAAGCGCAUUGAAAGUGAAACUUAAGGUGCAUUCUGCUGCA